AUCAAUUUGAUCAACCAACAUUGUAAUCAAACAAAAUGUUUGGAACAUUGGUGUCGGAAGAUGUAGAAAUUAAGGUUGAACCAAGCAAAGCAUGGAAGUUUUGGAGCUCACUUGACUUUGUCAAAGUCGUGUCUAAAGAAACACUCGAUAAACUUGAAGUAGAGGGCGAUGGUGGUGUUGGCACCAUUCUCAACCUCAUCUUUAAACCUGGGUUUUGGGUUCCAUCGUACAAAGAGAAGUUCGUGAAGGUCGACCAUGAGAAUAUGGUGAAAGAAGCAGAGGUUGUGGAAGGAGGGUUUCUCGAUAUUGGAUUUAGUCUCUAUAGAGCGCGGAUUGAGAUUAAAGUGAACCCAAAGGAUGAAACGGGCUCAUCAUGUGUGGUGAAAGCAACGAUUGAGUAUGAGGUUAAGGAAGAAGCUGCUUCAAAUGUUUCUCUAGUCAACAUGGAUCGAUUGGUUUACGCUAUAAAGAUUGCCGGCCAACAUCUUGAGAAUUCUAGUUAAUUAGUAAAACAUCGGUCAUUAAUUACGUCGGCCGUUUCUUAUAUAUGUUCUAUGUUUGUUUCGAUUGUAUUUUACUGCUUAUGUGAGUACGUGUAGAAGUUAAGAAGCAAGCUUGGUGUGACUCGAAUGAUCGAGUUCGAUAUAAAUGGAUAAAUGCCAAGCAAUUCAAUUUUGUAAAAAUGUACCU